ACAACACCAGCCUAGCAGCCUAGCCGUCGCCCGCUCUAGUUUAACCUGGCUGCGCUGUGCAAAGCCGGGCCCAGCCCCAGAGAAAAAGGGAGACGGGACCCACAGCCAACACUGCAUUUCAGCCUGGACGGCACAUCCUCUCGACUCCCCCAUCAAUGAUCCUGCCCUGCGGUGAUCCGGCUUCGUGAUCGUCGUGCCGACCGUCAGCACAUUCCUCUCCUCUGCCUUCUCUUCUUUCAGCCAUAGCUUCCGCCUCGGCAUCAACAUGGCGCUCUCUAGGGCUUCCCUCCUCGGGGCCAUGCUCGCGUGCGCGCAAUUGGCAGCAGCAGCCCCGAAUCCCGUGGCAGCAGCCCACCCCAUGAUCACCCCUCCGCCAUCUCUCGACCGCCGAGCCCUUGAGCGCCUCCAGGGGCGUGACAUCGACUUUGGUGGCUACCUGAACUCGGUCUUCUCGUCCCUCGGCUCAGGCGUCUCCAGCUUUGUGGCCUCGGGCGUGCCCCAGUUCUUCAAUGACCUGCCAACAGGCACAGCUGUCGAGUCCAGCCUGGGCAUCUCCUCGGGCGACCUCGAUGCCUCACCGACACAAGCCCUCAAUGUGCCGCCGUACGCCAACUGGACCGACCAGGGCUGGAACAUGAGGAUCCACGGAAACAUCUUCAAGCAGCCCAACAUCUCGCGCGAGAAGCUCAACGACCUGGCCAAUGUUUUCCUCAUCGACGUCGACAUCGAGGACCUCCCCGAGGACCAGCAGAACCAGGCCCGGAACCUCACCAGCGAGAUCUUCAUCGUCCAGCAGGACGACGAGCAGGUCAUCAUCGACAUUGUCAAUGACGCGUCUGUUGACCCCAACACCGACAGUGGUGCCAUCAACGCAGCUGGUGGGGCGCAGAACAUCACCAUGCCCUUCAACACCACGGAGCAGGGUGACUUUGACAGCUUUGUAAUCCUUCAGAACACCACCGGGCCCAACGGCGGCCACCUGGUGCCCGGCAACGAGACGGAUCGGCUGCAGGUGCUCGAUCUCUGGGUCCGUGGGGCCGAGACCACGGGCAACGCGACAGCCUACCUCGUCCCACCGACCGGCAUCACCAUUAUUUCGGACAUUGACGACAUCCUCCGUGUCACCAAGAUCUACGACCCGAAGGAGGGUCUUCUCAACUCGUUCGCCCGCCCAUUCACACCCUGGGAGAACAUGCCUGAGAUCUAUGCCAACUGGUCAAAGUCCAUCCAGAACCUGCACUUCCACUACCUCACCACAACCCCAGAGCAGGUGACCAAGAAUUAUAUGGACUUUAUCUACAAGACCUACCCGCUGGGCUCCUUCGACACCCGCCCGCUUAACUUCAGCGAUGUGUCAGCGACGCUAUCGAUCCGCAAGUUCCUCCUCGACAAGAUCUUCCAGACCUUCCCGCAGCGCAAGUUCAUCCUGGUGGGCGACACGUCCAACUCGGAUGUCAUGUCCGACUAUCCUGAGCUGGUGUCCACCUACCCCGGCCAGGUCCAGUGCAUCUUCCUCCGCAACACGAGCUCUACGGAUGACAGCGACCUGUUCCCAUACAACACCAAGGGAUUCAACGGCCUGAACCAGAGCCAGUACAUGUUCUUCAACGUGCCGGACGACCUGACCAACCUGGACAUCGUCAACGGGAACUGCUACAACGCGAGCGUGGUCCAGAACGUCACCUUCCAGCUGCAGGGCCCCUACGGCCUGGGCAGUGCGGCGGGUGCACUGGCCCCGCCGAGUUGGUGGAGGAGUGUGAGUUGGGGUGUCGGCCUCACGCUCUUGGUGGCAGCGAUGUCAGCUUAAAGAAUUGGGCGUGAUGUUAUUUUCACACGGCAUGAUGACUGAAGAGGUAGGAAGAAAGGAAACGGUUUUUUGGGCAUGGCGUUUUUUUGGUUGGAGACGGGCGCGUGUGCCUUUUGAUAUAUAUGUAUAUGGGUUGCUGUGAAAUGGGGAUAAAGUCGGCCGAGUUGAAUCUCAUCCACUUCCGGUGGCCGCCAUCACCUUUGGUAGUGCGGUUGAAGUCAUCGGUGCUUGCAUAAACUGCGCGCAGUGAUCAAUUCCUCAAUUCGCCCCCCCCCCCCCUUUCCGAGCCUGCUGGCCGACCUGACUCUUCUCGGCAGGCGUCCCUGAGACAACGACAGCUUGAUGACAGCUUGCAGAUGUGCGACCCGCCGGCAAGCAACCAACUCAGCCACUCGCAAUUUAUCGACCACACCAGAGGAGAUCUGAGAUGCGCACCCCGGCCAGUCUUGGCCUGAAAUGCCGUUCUCAGUUCGGGGGGAAUUGGAGCUGGCUGUCACUGGUCUAAGCCUUACAGCAUCUCUAUGCAAGUCUGACAGAGAGGUGGGCCACAGCCAGGGGCUUUUGGUGGCGACCACCCCACAACCGUGCGCGAGAGCUCAACGGCUGCAAGUGUGGUUGUGCAUGUAUGUCAUCGGCCGGCCGGCGGGAGCUGCCUGAUGCGGUCAACCGCGGACGCACGACAUAAGCCGAAUACGGCCGGCGUGGAAAAGCCGUUGUACGGAGUGCUGCAGUGUACGGUGUUCUGUGUGAGCGAGGCGCCGGGGGCUGGCCAGGGCGCGUCGGGGCCGAGUCCAACCCUGCUCGGACUUGGCACCCCUUUCGUGAAGGGGACGAUGAGCCAGUUGGCCAGCUGUCACGGCUGCACGGCUGUUUCCAGCGUGGCGUGUUGUCGGACCGCGUGACGGGCGAUGUGGGACCGCGACCCCGGGGCCCUGCUGCCCUGGUGCCCUGGCUGCAUCUGACAUUUGUGUGGGUGGGGUCCCGCGGUUGUCAUCUUUGCUUCUUCUCGUCGGCUGAUUGUCGCCAGCGCGGCUCCGUCUCAAUCAUGUGUGGCACCGCACACGGCGGAGGGCCGAGGGCGGACUGCCGUUGUAUCGGAGCUCAACAAUUGCCGGCCUGUUGCUCAUGUGACAGCAGCCACCUGCGCGGCCGCCUGCACGGCAUAAUCACCCAAGUCACCUUCGGGAUGGCUGGCUGAUCCCAACCAGACCAGCGCGGAGGGAGAGGGCCAAGGGAAAGGGUGUGGGAGAGGGAGAGGGAGAGAAACAAGAAAAAUACUACUCCACACACAGGCAGGAAGGGUACCCUUGCGUCCGUGCGCGCAUGGAAUUUUCAGGUGAAGGGAACUUCACCUCUCUCACCUGCAUUCUGGCUGUCUGGUGGCUCGGCCAGGCCCUCCGAGAAGCGCCAUGUAUCUCUGCAUGGUUCUGGCCUGUAGCGUGUUGCACAGACAAGCCAUGCCUGCAUAUGGUUUGCGUGUGUUUGACCCCCGGGGCCCCGGUAAACUCAAUUCAAGCUCGCAUGACGCAGCUCGCUCGCAGGCCGGACGAGGGAGGACGAUGGAUGAGGGCCCCGGAGCCCCAGCCGAGCGAGGACAGUUGUCAUUGCAGCGCAGCCUAUCCGGGCCCCAACGCUGCAGUGCAGGCUGGAGCAUAUGCGUCGCCCGUUGUACUGUAUAUGUGCCCUGUUCUUUUUCUUCUUUUCUUUUCUUUUCCCCCUAUAUUAUUCUUUCCUUUUCCC